AUGUCGCGUCCACAAAUCUUGAGAAUGGCUACUACAUCUCAUUGUAUACCACAAGAACCACAACUUGAGUCGCCCAGUUCCCAAGUCUCCCAGGCCCCAUCUCUCACCUACUCAUCCUCUUCUUCCUCCGACCUCGAACCCGAAGAAAUUGAGCCACGUCGCCGCCGGGCCUCGACCAAACUUAUAUCACAAAAUGCUACCGAUAUGCAAAGAAUUAUCGGAGGAGCGGGUGCAAGAUUGCUGGAAAAAUGUUGUGGCGGGGGUUGCUGUAUGGCAAUUACCAAAACCAAUGGUCUCACAUAUGAAAGACCCAGGUUACCAGAUGAUGAUGCUUACAGGAGCUUGGAACUAAAGAUUGACACAAUUCCUACACGAUUGACCAGUCUGCCAGAUUUACCCGAGAAGAAUAUGGAGAUUCUUCCUUUGCAGAAGGAGAAAGGUCAAGAUCUUGUCGAGGGUAUGAAAUCUUUGGAAGUCAACGAGAAUCGAGGAGCCAUCACUGUUGAGCCAUCAAUGGAUGUCGUAGAUGUCGCAGAUAUUCAACAGGCCAUCUCGCACACUGAUUCUGGAAUUGGCAUGGAAAAUGGUUCAAUUGACUUCACACCACAUCAUGCAAAAUCAGAUGUCGACACCAAAGUUCAACCACCUUCGUUCGUUCAACCACAUCCACCUUAUGAAGUUUACUCUGCGAGAAUAUUUAACACUAGAGAAUUGACGAAACCUGGUGCGGAGAAGAGAACCUUUCAUUUCGAUCUGGAUGUGACGGAUUAUCCAGAGGAAGGUGGUGUUGAUUUCAAGGUUGGUGGCGCAAUUGGUGUUAUGGCACCAAAUGAAGAAUCAAUGGUUGAAGAAGUAUUGGAUUUGUUAUCAAUCCCAAGAUUUCUUCGUGAUCGAAAGAUUUUAUUGAAGACAUUUUCCGGAAGAUGGCCUACAAUGUGGGGAGAUGAUAAACCAAGAGAAUUAAUCACAACUAGACGUGAUCUAUUAACUUGGUGUUCCGAUAUUCAAUCAUAUCCCCCAAAUAAGAAUAUUUUACGAUUACUUGCCGAAUAUGCCAUCGAUCCAGAAGAGAAGAAGAUUUUAUUAUAUCUAUGUUCCGCAGAAGGACAAGGAACAUUCUGCGAUUUCAGAACUGGACCACAUAUUACUAUCCCUCAACUACUUCACGCAUUCUCAUCUAGCAAACCACCUCUCGAUCAUCUUCUUUCAGUACUCGAAACUUUGAGACCUCGAUUUUACUCCAUGUCAAACGAUCCUCAAGAAAAUUGUGUACCAGUUGAAGGAUGUAGCCGACUCAUCGAAAUCGCAGUCACUGUUCAUGAAACGAAAGAUUGGCGCGGUGGAAAUCGAACUGGUCUUGGGUCAGGAUUUUUUGAACGACAAGCCAGAAAAUUUAUCGAAGCUGAAAAGAGAGGAGAAAAGGUCAACGUUAGAAUUCCCAUGUUCAAAGGAUUGAUGGCAAAUCCUCUGGCUAGAGAAUUCGUUUCCGAUGGACCUAUGCUUUUGGUGGGUGCAGGUGUAGGAAUUGCCCCAUUUAGAGGAUUCGUUCAACGUCGUCUCAAGAAUGCCAAUUGUGCAAAUAAAGUUUGGGUCCUUCAAGGAGUUAGAGACUCACUUCUUGAUGAAUUAUAUUCUGGUGAAUGGGGUGUGCAUGAAUCGGAAGUUAAAAAGGUUGUUCAAAGUCGAAGACCUGGUACUAAACAAGUGAGCAAAUAUGUUCAGGAUGAAGUUAGAAACGAAGCAGAUUUGGUCUGGUUUAUCAUUAAUGCUUUGGAUGGUAGAAUUUUUGUUUGUGGCAGUAGUAAGGGAAUGGGUGAAGGUGUUGAGGAGGCACUUGUUGAUGUUGCCAUGGAGAAAGGUAAUUUGGAUAGGGAGGAAGCGAAGAACUUUUGGAAGUUGAAGAAUGAAGCAGGACAAUAUAUUGCCGAGACUUGGUAG